UACAGACGGCUCAUUAGAGAACAAACAGUGACUUUUUCCAUCAAAUAUGUUUUCAUUAUUCAGCUGAAUAAGGCAGAGCUAUGUUGUACAUGAGUACAUGAAUGAGGCAGAGCACAGCAGAGAGCAGAGCAGGGCACACACUUCUGCUGGAAGCACAACGCUCCUUUCUCCGACUGAAUGAGGUUUCAUAAUCUAUCCAAGUCAAGAGCAGGUUACUGUCAAGAAUGAGUGAAUCUACAUCCACCAACAUCUCUGUGGCUCAAGCACACUCCACAGAAAGCCUACAUGCUUCGUCUACACAACAUUCACGUAUGGCAGAUCCUGGAUCCACCAAAAGGAUACAAUUCUACAAAAGUGGGGACCCACGGUUUAACGGAAUAAAGAUGGUUGUCUCCAACCGAUCCUUCAAGACAUUUGAUGCCUUGCUAGACAAUUUAUCCAAAAAAGUACCUUUGCCUUUCGGAGUUAGAAAUAUUACUACACCACGUGGAAUGCACCACAUAACUUCUCUACAGGAACUUGAAGAUGGCAAAUCCUACAUUUGUUCCCAUCAAAGAAAGAUAAAGCCAAUAAAUCUUGAAAGAGCUAGAAAGAAGCCAUUACUAUGGCAGAGUAGCAGACCAAUCAGUGCACGCAGAAGAGUAGUGCAGCUGGUUCACCAAAAUGAAGUUGCACCUUUUAAGAGGGAAAACACUAUUGUGAUUGGAAGCUCAAAGAACUUUGUUAUAUUUAAAAAUGGAGACAAAGAUUCUAAAUAUACCUUGGUGCUAAAUAGGAAGCCUAAACAAAGUUUUGAUACAUUUCUUGAUCAAGUCUCAGAGACUUUGCAGUUCCCGGUUUUCAAGCUAUACAGCACAGAUGGAAGGCGGAUUCUUAGUAUGCAUGCCCUCCUGCUAAGUUCUGGAACAAUAGUGGCAGCUGGGAGAGAACCCUUUAAACCUGCAAAUUACAACUCUGAGAGGGAAUAUCUACCUCCUAAAUUACCUGGCAUCUCCCAGCGAGUGUUUCCCAAGGCCAGAUCAAAACCAGACCUGAAAAGCCCAGGAGAAUGGAAAGUUUCUGUCUUCACUAGCAACAUUCCAUCCUCCGGGACAACAUCUCAAGUAUACAUCAUGUUUUAUGGACAUCUACGAACAUCAACACCUGUUUUUCUGUACAGUAGCCAAGACGAUGCAUUCCAGAGAGGACACGAGGAUACUUUUGAUGUUAACAUUGGAGAUGUUGGGGAGGUUUAUAAGAUACGCAUUGGACACACCAAUUCUGGGGCAUCCCCUGGCUGGCACUGUGAAGAGGUUCAGCUGUUGAACGUUUUCUCCAAUGAACAAUUCUGUAUUAAAGUAAAACGCUGGCUUUCUCAAGAUGAGGAUGAUGGGGAGAUCUGCAGAGAGCUUCCUAUACUGAGACAUGGCCAGGCGAAACUGUCAGUGACAAAAUACAAAGUUCAGGUUAUCACAGGAGACCUGUGGAAUGCAGGAACAGAAGCCAAUGUCUACAUGUGCCUCAAUGGACAAUAUGGUGACACAGGAUCAAGGCAAUUGAUAAGAUCAAAUAAGCCAACUCCAUUCCUUAAAGGGCAAACUGAUACUUUCUUUAUGGAAGCUGUUCAUCUUGGUGAGUUACACACAGUCAUCAUAGGACAUGAUGGACUUGAACCAGGCAAUGGUUUGUACCUGGAGAAAGUCAAUGUUUACGAUGAACUUAAGGACAAAGAAUACUCCUUUUUAUGCUACAGAUGGCUGGAUGAAGGAGAGGAUGAUGGGAAGAUUGUCAGGCGUUUGUCUGUGUCACAUGAAGCUGACCUUCCGGCCAGACAAGAAUUUGAACUAAAGAAAAAGGAAAUGUGGAAUGCAGAGAAAUGGAAAUAUCAGCAUGAAAACAGUUUGCAGUUUUACUCGAAAUCAACAAAGAAAUUUAUCCGCAUCACUCCAGAUGGCAGGGUGGAUGCACUUGGAGACAAAAAAGAUAAAUAUGGUUUUUUUGACGUAUUUGUAAAAAGAGGAAAUGUUCGUGUUUUCAGAAGUCAUCACAUCAGAAAUCUCGCUUUGGCAAUUGACAAGGGAAUAGCCAGUGCACUGGAAAACAGUGGUGUUCUAUGUGAGCUGCUGGUUCAUAUUCAGUUAAACAGAUGUGUAACUUUGGAAUCUACUAGAAUGCCAGGAAUGACCAUUUCCUUUAACAUUGAUGGUGAACCUGCAGAUGACAACACUACAGGCUAUGCUGACAUUUGCAAAGAAUUUGCGGUGCACGUGAAGGGAAUUUUCCACAGCGGUGCUAUCAUACUCCUCGCCACAAACUGGAGCCAGGCAUUGUGUCUGAGACGUGAUGGGUCCUGCAGUGGAACUGGAAAACAGAACGUGGAAUCAUAUUGGAGAGUCCACAAAACUGGUUCUUCAGUGUGUAUGUUUGAAAGUGUAACAUGGCCCAGAAUGUACCUACAAAUAAAGAAUGGCAAAUGUGAUGGAGAGGGCACAGGGGAUGAAUACUGUCAUUUCAAAGUUGAAAAAAACUAUGAAAAUGGGUCAGUGACUCUGGAAUCUGUGAGAAAUAAAGGAAUAUACCUUGGACUGAUGCCCAAUGGACUUGUAAAACCAGUGAUUCAUACAGGAGAGAAGAAUAUUUUAUUGUACCCCAAGGUCAUCAAAUUUGGUAGAGAAAAGCCUACAGGAACAUCUGCAACUCCCAGCAAGAGCAGGGAAGAGAUUUCCACACAGGAUGAAGCCAUUAUUGAUUCUCAGGACUCCGUGGAUUGGAGUCCGCCAGUAUCUACACUCCCAAGCAAAAAUGGCAAAACACUGAACAGCUCUGGAAAUAAGGUUUAUUCCUUAAAUGAUUGGAAAGUGUCAAUCUUGACUGGAAGUGCAGGAACCUCCGCUGGCGUCUCCCUGUGGGUGUAUGGAAGUAAAGGCUCCACUGGUCCAAUAAUACUCGGAACUGGGAAGAAGGGUCAGCUAUUUAAGGCAAGACAAGAAGACGAAUUCAUGAUAGAAAUUGACAACAUAGGAAACCUAUACAAGAUUAGGCUUGAACAUGAUGGAACUGGUCCUGAAUGGAAUCUUGAAAGGGUAACUCUCCAGAAAAUGAAAAAUAGAAAAACAUAUCAAUUUGAAGCGAAUAGGUGGCUAUCGAGAAACCAUGGAAACUCUGAACUUGUCUGUGAGCUUCCUGUUGUGGAAGAUGGUGAACCUGUUUUCCCAAUUGUGAAAUAUGAGGUUAUUGUCUUCACUGGACACUUGGAUCAAGCAGGAACAGAUGCUGCAGUGUACAUCUGCGUCCAUGGUACAAGAGGUGACUCUGGAAAAAGACGCUUGGUCAAAUCAGAUCUGUUGCUUCCAUUCCAGCAGGGAGAGGUUGAUGUGUUUGAAAUUGAAGCUGUGUCACUUGGGAAACUACAGAGAGUGAGCCUAGGCUGCGAGGCCAGUCGCAAGUCACAGUACUGGUAUUGUGAGAAAGUAAUCAUCAGGGAACAGGGCAAUGUCUCCGAAUAUAUCUUCAAUUGUGAAAGGUGGCUUCCAUUUAUGUCCCAGGGCAUUCUGCAUUCGGAAGUUGAGCUUAUGGUGCAAGAAAUAGAAAUGCUCUCCAAGGUAAAGCCACCUACAGAAAUUGAUGACGGAGAUUGGAAAAUCACUGUUGUGACCGGUAAUCUCCCGAACGCAGGAACUGAUGCCACAGUGUCCCUUUAUGUCUAUGGUGAAGGGUCCAAUUCUGGUCCCAUUGUGCUGGGAUCAGGGAGUCAUCAGCUGUUCAAUGUGAAUAGCGCAGAUACAUUCCAGGUAAAUUUUAAAUACUUGUUAAAACCAUUUAAAAUCCGAGUUGGGCAUGACAAUUCGGGAGACAGUCCAGAAUGGUAUCUUGAGGAAAUAAGACUGCAGAACCUUUCCUCAGAUCUGGAACUUCACCUACCUGUAAAUCGAUGGCUUGGAGAGGAAAAAGAUGAUGGAGAUACAUGGAGGGAACUGUUCCUGCCAAUAGAUGGAAAUGAUCCAUUACCAUUGCUGGACUAUGAGAUUCACAUUCAUACAGGGGAGGUUUCUGAUGCUGAUAUAGAAGCUGAUGUUUACAUGAACCUUUUUGGAACCAAUGGAGACUCAGGCAAACGGAAGCUACAUAAAAGCAAGUUUGAAAGAGCCAAAUUUCAGAGAGGAAAUGCUGACGUGUUUUGCAUCCAAGCAGUAUCAUUGGGAGAACUCCAGAAAAUCCAAAUUACCCAGGAUGAAAUUAAAGAGGGCAAAGGCUGGUUCUUGGACAAAGUAUUUGUGCGAUAUACUGUGGAUGGAGAUGAUUACCAGGUUUUGUUUCCAUGCAGCAGAUGGUUUGAUGUGAACCGAGAGGAUGGGAAAACUGAAAGAACUCUGAUUUCCAAUGAAAUGGAAAAUCCGGAAGAGGACACUGAAGACAAAAUGUGGACAAUGCACAUUAAAACAGCAACUGAUUCCUCAAGAAAUAAUGCUUUGAAAGUAACUUUUAUCAUUUAUGGGUCUGAAGGAAAAACUAGAGAAAUUCAACUUGUGCAACCUGAUCUAAAAAGGGAGUGUUUCCUUCCUGGCUUUGAGGAUGGAUUCUUUGUGAAGUUUAAGGAUGUUGGGGAUAUUUAUAAGAUGCGCAUUGUCUGUGAACAUUUGCCCGAAAUCCCAGGAUGGCAUCUGGAAAGCAUUCAGAUGUUGGAGGAACAAUCUAGGCAAGAGAUACAGUUUGACUGCAACUGUUGGCUCUCUGUGGACACCGAAGAGGAAGAAUCUGUAAAAGAGUUCCGAGUUGUGAACAAUCAGCAAAAACUUUUGGCAGUCAACCAGUACCUAGUGGCUGUGCAUACUGGUGAUCACUGGGGAGCAGAAACCUUGGCUAAUGUCUACUUAACUCUCUAUGGGGAAAGAGGCGAUUCAGGGGCUAGAAAGCUACACAAAUCUCUCAUCCCUGGGGACAAAUUUACAAGAAACAAGACUGACUGUUUUAUAUUGGAAGCUGUGUCUCUGGGGCAUCUGCGAAAGGUGGUAAUUGGACAUGACAGGGAAGGUUAUGGAGCAGGAAUAUAUCUGAAGAUGGUCACAGUCAAAGAAUCUCAAGAUUCUCCUACCGAGUGGGUUUUCCCAUUAUGGAACUGGUUAGACAGUCACCUGGGACUGUGUGAGACCGUCUGCAAGCUGCACGCAAUAGGCAAAAGACUAGCAGCGAGACCCAAACCUGUUGCAGACUCCGGAGGUUUGUGGGUAAUUGAUAUUGCUGGCUCAGGAUUCCAGAGUUCAGAGAAUUUGAAUUGCUUUUCUCUUUGGUUUUAUGACAAUGAAAAGAAAGAGCAAGUGGAAAUAACAGUUUCUGAAAACUCACUGCAGACCGAGGAAGAACUACAACAAAUAAAAGACAUCAGUAAGGUGCAUGUUUCCUGGUCUCAUACACAAGUGUCCACGCCAUGGUAUUUAUCCUCCAUACACAUGAAGCACACAGUGACUCAUCAGGAGAUGUGGCUCCAUUUUGAUUGCUGGAUGCGGCCUAAUGAAGAUAAGUGCGUGGAGCUUCCAGCACUGUUUCCUGACAAGGAUCCUCUCCCUGUGGUAGAGUAUACAGUUAAUGUACACACCGGAGAUGCAAUGGAUGGAGGAAGUACUGGAGUCAUUUACAUCAGCAUGGAAGGAGAGCUUGGUGACUCUGGAAAGCAAUUCUUAAAUGAGUCUGCCACAGAAGUGCUUACUUUUUCUGCGAGACAGGUGGAUAACUUUAAAAUCAAAGCUGUGUAUCUUGGAAAACUUCAGAGGAUUGUUCUUGGUUUCAGAAAUGCAAAAAGAGAAUCAUGGUUCCUGGAAAAAAUUGUGGUUAAAGAGGACUUUACUGCUUCAAAAUACAUAUUUUAUCACAAUGACUGGAUAACUUCUCCUUCCCUGGAAGAAUUUAUAGAAACUGGAAUCUUACUAAAAGAAUCAGCAGCAGAACUGAAUGAGAUAAAAUCUUUUAGCACUCUAACCCAAGGAAGGUGCCAGCUACAAGUGCUUGGCACACCAGCGGAAGAAGAUUCAGAUCUGUCUGUUGUUGUGUAUGGUAAAGCUGGGAAAUCUCAAUUGCACAAGGUGAUGAAUCUGCACUAUCAUCCUUUUCUGCUGCAUGUUGGAGACAUCGGAGAUGUGAUAAAAGCUUCUUUCCUAUCCACGGCUCUGAGCCCUGAGAGGAGACUUCAGCUGCACAAGGUUCGUAUGAAGGAUGUAGACACAAAACAAGAAAUAAGCUUUUAUCCAAACAAUGCAUCUUUUCUUGAACAAAAUGGGUCAAAGGACGUGGCAGAAGUGGCUGCAGUGCUCCCCAAUAAACCACCCCUUACUGAAGUGACAUAUUCAAUUUACGUCAAAACUGGGCAUUUCCCGGCCUCUGGCACAGACGCAGAUGUAUUUAUUACAAUAUUUGGUGAAAAUGGAGAUUCCUGCAGAAGACAUCUGAGACACUCAUCGCUUCCUAAAAUAUUUGUCAAGGGGAAGGUAAACUUCUUUAAAAUAAAGGCCUUGGACCUUGGCAUGCUGAGUGGAGUACAUGUUGAGCACAACGCUGUUGGUUAUGGAGCUGGAUGGUAUCUAGAUCAAAUCACCAUACAAGCGUCAGAUAAGGCGGAUAUUAAAUACUUGUUUCCAUGCCAACGCUGGUUAGACACUGCAAUAAAUGACAAGCAAACUGACUGCAAGUUGAAGCUUCUUGGAAAAUUCAACAAAACGAAUCAACAGCUACUUGCAUUCACUGAAGGGACACUCAUUGUUUCCAUUGAGACUGAUGAUAUUGCACAGCCUGGAACCAAUUCUACAGUUUCUCUGACAAUAUGCUGUGAAAAAGGAAAUUAUGAACCAUUAGUAUUUUCAAAGGGCACAUUGACAGGAAGCAGCACGUUUCACAAAAUGGUGGAUCUUAGCAGCAAUCUUGGACCCAUCAGCAAAAUCAGACUGCAAAUGGAGGAUGAUGACAAAGACAGCAGCUGGUAUUGCAGAAUGGUGAGACUAGAACACCAACAGAGUGGCAAGAUUUUGGAGUUUCCAUUUCUUCAAAUGUUCAGCAGCAAAUUAAACAAAUUAGUUGCGGAACUUCCAGUCUUGGAUUCAACUGGUCCUCUGUUAACAAUGAAGUCUUAUGGCCUCUAUAUUAAUUUUACGCAAAUACCGAAGCCAGUUACAGAUACGGUACUGUUCAUCACACUGGGUGGAACGUUGGGCAACACUGGGAGAAGAAAGCUCAUUUGUAAAAAGAAAGAUUUGUCUUCCAAAGAAAAGACUGUUGGGUUUCAAUUGGAAGCUGUUGACAUUGGUGUAAUACAGGAGCUGCUCAUAGAGAAAGAAAAGCAAACUAAUUUACAGCUGGAGAAAGCCGUGGUUGAGGAAGGAUCAUUCAUCAAGAACAAAUACAUCUUUAUAGCCCAGUCAUGGAAAAAAGAGAAAACUAAAAUGAUGUCCAUGACUCUACCAGUGACAGAAAAGAAGGAAGGUCACAGCUCCAGCAUUCUUCUGAAUGAAAAUGUGCCCAUGACAACAGAUGGUGAAUGGAAAAUUUACUUGUCUGCACCCCAUAAAGAUAGCCAAACAGAAACUCUGGACUAUAAUUUACAGCUGGCUAUCUUAUUUUAUGGUGACAAAGGCCGGUCUAAUCCAAUCAUUCUUGAAAGAGAAGAGACACUUGAAAAUAAGGACACACUGACUUAUAAGGUAAACCUCACGUAUGAUUUAGGAGAAUUAUUUAAAGUGAGACUGGGCCUUGAGAACUGGAAAGAAGACCUGGGGCGGUUAUCCCUGUACCACUUAAAAAUGCAGAAUACAAGAACCUUGGAUACGUUUAACCAGCCAAUAAAUAAAACACUUCCUCUUUCAUUAAGCGGAGACAGAUGGAUUGAAGUCCCAGUAGAAUGGCCUCUAAAAGCCUCCCUUUCUGCGGCUACAUAUCACAUCACUUUAUAUUCCACUGGCCUGCUGGAACAGAAAGAUCAACUAAAUAUUGGUAUUUGUGUGCAUGGAAAACAUGGAGACACAGGACACAGAUACCUAAAAUGGCAAAGUACGCUAGAUGAAAAUGGAGAUGAGUCAUUUACAGCUGUAUUAGAUGCGGUAGAGCUUGGAGAAGUACAUCAGACUGACAUUUCUAUGAGCGGCAGAGAUGACUGCAAGCUGCACAUCAAAAGGAUUCACGUAAAGGAAUCUUUGAGGCAUGAAGUCUACGUAUUUGAUGUAAAUGAGUAUUUUUCAAUUGAUGCAAGCAACCCAGAGACAAGAAGAGAGCUUUUCAUUUCUCAAGUUGUCCAUGAUGAAAAUGGUGAAACUAGACAUGGCACAUCAUUUGCCUUCGAUGGAAUGGAAAAUAUCGAAGGAAAACUAGUGGAACAUGAGAUUAAAGUGUAUACGGGUGACGUGAGAGGAGCAGACACGGAUGCCAAUGUUUAUAUCAUAUUAUUCAGUGAGAAUGGAAACUCAUUUGGACCUGUCCAGCUGGUUGAUCCGCUACAGGAUACAAAUCCUUUUGAAAGAGGAAAGGUUGACACAUUCAGAAUCAGCGCAAAAGAUAUAGGAAACAUUUCUCAUAUUGAAAUAGGGCAUGAUGGAAAAGGAUUGGGCAAUGGCUGGUUCCUGGACAAGAUUGAGAUCUUCACAUUAUCUACAAAUGAAACAAGAUUGUUCACCUGCAACAGGUGGCUGGCAGAAGAUGAAGAUGAUGGGCAAACAGUUAUUCAGCUGAAAUCGAAUUAACAUCACCUAUCAUAGUCAGCCUACAAUCAAAGGCCCAAAUGACUACUUCCAGAAGUCUUGUUUACUACUCCAUUCCUGGGAUACAUUUAGUCAUAUAUCUUCCAUCAUUGACUCAUGCUUAGACAUUUUGUACAUGCUACAGGUCCAGAGUUUUCGGUAUAUUUUUUUAUAUGACUAAGUCCUUUUUUUUUUUUAUUAUUAUUUUGCUGAUUGACAAAGCAGGUUUUUGUUUUGUUCUUGUUGAACAUUAUAAACAUUGGUUCUUUCCUCAGUAAAGUAAGUUUCAAUAUCUUUUUAGGUAUGCAAUGCCAUUUUGCUUAAGUGCCAACAAAAUAAAUAUUAAUCAAUUAAAUUAAACAAUUUUUACUCAU